UUUCGUUGCCCUAUUGAAUAGGAUCCAAACUUAAAACAUUUUCGCAAUACAUGAGCCAUAGAGGCAUACAUACAUAUAGAUAUACUUCCUUAAUCUUUUCAUUCAACAAUCACUUCAUUGUCUCCGGUGUUCUCCCGUCGAUCCAUCCAAACAGGUAAAUAAUCUAUCAUUUACCCCCAUCUAUUAUUCAAGCAUACAUGAGCCAUAGAGGCAUACAUACAUAUAGAUAUACUUCCUUAAUCUUUUCAUUCAACAAUCACUUCAUUGUCUCCGGUGUUCUCCCGUCGAUCCAUCCAAACAGGUAAAUAAUCUAUCAUUUACCCCCAUCUAUUAUUCAAGCAUACAUGAGCCAUAGAGGCAUACAUACAUAUAGAUAUACUUCCUUAAUCUUUUCAUUCAACAAUCACUUCAUUGUCUCCGGUGUUCUCCCGUCGAUCCAUCCAAACAGUUGUAGAUCUCAAGAGAUCUUUUGAGGAAGGUAAAAACGUCCAACAAAAUGGAUACAAUUAAUAAAGCACAAGGAGGAAUUCAGAUGCUGCUAACUGCGGAGCAAGAGGCCCAACAAAUCAUUGCAUCUGCCAGGAAUGUUAAAAUGGCGCGUCUAAGGCAGGCUCAUGAAGAAGCAGAUAAGGAAGUGGCAGACUAUAGGGCUCAAUUAGAAGCUGAAUACCAAAGACAAAUCUGUGAGAGUAGUGGAAGCUCAGGCUCAAUUGUGAAGCGGCUAGAAGCAGAAACAGAAACGAAGAUUGAGAAGUUGAAGGAAACAGCCUCUAAGGUCUCUCCCGACAUCGUUUCCAUGCUAAUCAAAUCUGUAACUACCGUUAAGACAACUUAGUUCAUCAUCCGGCCGGGGCUUUCACCUAGACGCUACUUGAUUAUGAGGAAUUUCAAUUUUAAAGUUUCUGUUUGGAUCUGUUACGUUGCAUUUUUAUUCCUCUUCUUAUAGAUAAGAUGAACAAAAACAUAGUAGUUUACCGGAAACAUAAUCAUGUGUUUAAUUGAUUUUCUAUAAAUAGGACUAAAAAUUGUCUU